AUGAGCUCGUCUCUCAUUCUUUGCUCUACGCUAUCAAAGGCACUUAUCAAGCGCUCCCUCAUACGCUCCUCUACUCAAGUUAGACAUUCGUAUCACUGGGCAUUUGAACGCCUUGUAUCCGCCGCCCUCGUUCCUAUGACUGUUGCCGCAUUUGCUACGAGUGGGACAAACUACCCUAUCUUCGAUGGUAUACUUGGUCUCAGCCUUAUAAUCCACAGUCAUAUCGGAGUGCCGGCAACUGUUGGGACUAUGGUUGGGGUGUAUCAAUUCAACACGAAUGAUAUUGGUCUUACCGAACUCAUUGCUAAAGUGUGGGCUGCAUGA